AUUUGUGUGCUUUAUUGGCGUGUAUAUUGGUGCACAUGUACAUUGCAAGCGCCUAACCUGUAAUUUGAGAGUUAAAUAUCGGAUUGUUUUUAGGUUUUGCUCAAAGUUUUGUUCAAAAUGGCGGAAUCGCCUCCAGUAAAUAGUAUCUUCUCUGAAUUCAACGAGUACCUCACGAAUGAUCAAGACGUCAGGGAGGAAAUCCGGGUGGCAGUGCGUGCCAUGGAGCAGACAGCAAGGGAAGUAAUGACCACGCUGGAGGGUAUACACCAGGCAGCAGGACUCAAAGAAGCCCCUGUUCUGUGUCAAAAGGCAAGGAAGUUACUGGAGACGACACAGAGUCAGUUUGCUGAACUCCAAAAGAAGGUGCCAGCUGACCAGUAUUACAGAUUCCAUGAUCACUGGCGCUUUGUGAGUCAGCGCCUGUCUUUCCUCGUAGCUCUUAUUGUGUACCUGGAGGCAGAGAGGCUGGUUACCAGGGAAGAGGUUGCUCACUUGAUGGGAGUUUCAGUGAGAAGGGAGGAUGGUUUCCAUUUGGACUUGGAGGACUUUCUGCAAGGCUUGUUACAGUUGGCCAGUGAACUGUCUCGACUUGCCAUCAACAGUGUUACGGCUGGCGAGUACGACAGACCCGUCCGCAUCUCCAAUUUCAUCCAGGAGCUGAACGCCGGCUUCCGUCUUCUCAACCUGAAGAAUGACUCGCUGCGGAAGCGCUUCGAUGGACUGAAGUAUGACAUCAAGAAGGUGGAGGAGGUAGUGUACGACAUCUCCAUCAGGGGCCUGAAGCCUGCGCCCCCUGGAGGGGGCGAAGAGGAGGAACCUCCCACGUCAUCUACCGGUGCAGAAUGAGCCCCACCCUUUUAAUUGGGGGGGAUGAACCUGAGUCCAUUUUCUAUCUCACUUCGCUUGUCUUGUAUCUUGCCAAAGCUAGUUAUGAACUACGCAGCAUCAAGCGCUGGUUGUAAAAAUUGCAGUCCAGAAGUAGAGGGUAUUGCUUCUGCCCUCUGUUGAGUUUUGGCAGUGGAACGAAACACCAAUUUAAGGGGAAAAAAUUAAAAAAAGGUAAGUGUCCAUACGGAGGCAAAAGAUACAGCAAAGCUGUAGAUGCAGUCCUAAACAGUGUGUCAAAUUAUUUUUUGUAAAAGUGAUUGAUUGAUGAAAAUUCAGGUCAGAGGUUCAACCUCACCUGUUUACAUUUUGAUUCCACUGAAUAAAGUGUCGCACGUUUCUCAAUCCAAUAUUCAGUAUCCUGGUAAA